AUGGAACUACGUUGUCGGACCGGUCGAUGGGAUCUCAUUGCCGUAACCGAAACCUGGUUGACGACCGACAUCUUAGACUACGAGCUGCGAUUACCAGACAUGGAGCUAUUGGGGCAUGAUCGUCCAACGCGAGGUGGGGGUGUGUUGCUCUAUCAUCAUAAGAGCUUGCAAUGCGAGCAAAUUGAAUGCCCUUUCGCCGCCUCUGAUACAUUAUAG